UCUUCAUACUUCGAAUGACUUUGGAGAACAUCAUUGAGAAUGGAAUCUUGAUGAGCUUUGGGAUUGGGGUCAACCCUUUUGAGAUGCCACUCCUUUAUCUCCUCUUGGCCCUGAAUCUCUUCAUCUUGGUCGCGCUGGUGAUCGAGAAACUCGCUUCUAAGGACUACAUUGGAUGUGACGUAGAGAAGAGAUUGGCCAACAUCAACCUGGUCAUCCUCCUCAUCGUCCCCGUGGUCGUUAUCUACACCCUCAAGCUCAACCCAGUUGGAUCAUUCGUGGUGGUUGGUCUAUACACAAUCACCUUUCUAAAACUCUGGUCCUACGCUGACGUCAACAGAGCUUUGAGGGUAGAUGGUGCCGGAGAUGCCCCCGUCCAAGACCGACCUUUGACCCGUCGACGAUCUCGGCGGCUACUUGGACUCGGACCCGAGCCCCUUAAGUCUCCAGCAGCACCCGAACCUACCAUCCAAGCCUAUCCUGACAACCUGAACCUCAGAGAUAUGUACUUUUUCAUGCUGAGCCCGACACUAUGUUAUGACAUCAACUUUCCCCGUACGGAUCGCGUGAGAAAGACCUAUCUCCUCAGACUGGUUGUCGAACUGAUCAUUCUUAUCCAGGUUUGGCUCUUUAUGCUACAACAGUGGACUGCACCAGCCGUAGUAGCAACAGCAGAGCCAUUAAUGGACUAUAAUAUCAUUGGAACAGUAGAGUCCUUCCUCAGUGUGGCUUUGGCAAAUCAUCUUUCUUGGUUGUUAUUCUUUUAUAUCUAUUUUCAUCUCCUUCUCAACAUCUUUGCCGAGGUGACUUGUUUCGCUGACAGGAAUUUCUACUCGGACUGGUGGAAUUCCUCUAAUAUCGAGGAAUUUUGGAGAAAGUGGAACAUUCCUGUCCACAAGUGGUGUGUCAGGCACGUGUAUAAACCAGUCCGUGGUCUGGGCUAUUCUAAAUUCCAAGCCGUUCUCACCGUCUACCUACUUUCUGCCAUUUUCCAUGAGUAUCUUGCCAGUGUUCCUCUGAAGCUACUAACCCAUUGGUCUUUUGGCGGCAUGAUGGCUCAGGUACUACACCAACAGUCAAUUAAUAUCGCGAUGUUAUUUUUUUUCAUGGGUUAUUCUUUUAUUUUCAUUUUGAGAAAUUGUGUACUUUUUUAUGAACUUCCCUUUGUCCAUGUCAUUUGUAUCCUCGUCCGGUAAGUGAUGACUUGGCACAAUGAGAUCUGAUAAUGUAAUAUCUAGGAAGAUAACUACGUAUUUACGAGGUCUUCAACCAAAGAUAGAGAGAUAACUUGUUAUAACGAGGCCUAGGUCCCGUUUCAUAAAGACUUGUUAUAAUAACGAAUGCACGAUUUCUAUAACAAAUUUGAUAUCAGCCAAUCAGAUAAAAAGAUUUUAGUAGCUUUUAACUGUUAUUGUAAAUUUGUUAUUAUAACAAGUUUUAUGACAUGGAUCUCAGAACUCAUAACAUAAGAACUAGGGUGAUAACAUGAUAUGAUCAAGUCCAAAGUCAUAAAAUAAACUACCGCAGUUGAUUUCUAACUGAUGUGAUUUUAUAUUUAAAUUCAUUUUGUUAAUAUCUUAUCCAUACUUUUUAAUUGGUUUUCAAGGUAGGAAUGUAUUUUAAGGAUAACAAAUUGCAAUCAUUUGGCGUAUAUUUCCAAUGAAUUCCAUUUUAUCCGAGAACAAUAUUGUUGAUGCUUACUUGUAAAAUGUAAAUGAAGAACUAAUUGUAUAAGAUUGUUCAUGUUUAUAUACAUUAGGUCUCUAUGAGUCAACUUAAGUUGGGAGUUUAUAUGCUCAAAUCACUCGCAUUCCGCUACAAAUGGCGAUCGUUUUAUAGCAUUUACACUGGUAAUUUUAGUUGUACUAGAUUUGUCUGUCUCACUGUCGUUAUCUUCGUAUUGUGCCACUGUAGCUUACUUCGCCAUCAAGGGUAUUGAUAUUCAAAUAAUAUGUUGACCCAUUUGUUUGUAAUUCUACAUGUAUAUACUGUAAGAAAUUAAUUUUACGAGAGCUAGUGUUAUGUUCUUUCUCGAUUCUGCAAAUAUUAUAAAUGUAUAAAAUAUAAUUAUAUGAGAGAACGAAAGGAAAACAUCGAAGUUUCAAAUGUUAAAACGCUGUAUUCUCUUCCUAUCUUGCCUUGAUAUUCAAACCAGAUUGGAUGAAAAAAAAAAACGUAUCUUACUGUUUCUAUUUUCUACAUGAACAGAUCCCGCUCAUUGCCAUAUCGCAGAAAUUCGGAAGCAGGGUGGGAAAUAUAAUUGUCUGGCUUUCGUUUAUUCUCGGACAGCCAGUUGGCCUUAUCACAUACUACAUUGAAUGCCAAAGUCAAUAAAAUCAUUUCGUCUAAUUGUUGCUUUACAAAUACUUCUUCAUGUAUAUAUGCAUUAAUUUAUUUGUUGAUUAAUCUUUAAUAAAAUCUAGACUGGCU